AUGUCUUUCCAAUCAAACCUUGUUGAAAUCGCCAAUUCUUUAACUGAUCACGAUGCCGAAAACUUAAUCAAAAUUCUUCAAUCUCGCCUGGACAAAAAAUCUCAUAUCCCGUCACCACCACCACUUUACAUAGCACCUUCUUCAUUUGAUUUUUUCUCCAAAGGAUUUCAUUCAUGUGUUGACAUAACUUUCGAAACCUUUUUUGAUUUGGUCAAUGAUUUUAAAAUAAAUGGCAAUUUUCUUAGAUAUACAUGGGAUAGAAGAUCCCCAUGUCCUUUGUGUAAAAGACCUGGUUACCACACUUGUUGUUCAAGAUGUAAAAAUUUAGAUAAUGAAUGUAAUUGUGAAUAUGCCUGUGGUCUCUCAUUCCCUGUUCAAUAUUCACCUUCUGGGAAGGUGUCAUCUUGGAAAAAAUGUAGUUUUGUAACCAACAAUUAUGACAAAAAGGCCAUGUUCAGACACUUGAGAACAUGUGAGGGGAAAAUCUCACAGGAUUUAAAACUCACGAUAUUAAAAGGAUAUAAGCAUCCUAAAAAAAAAGGGUCUACUAUAACUAUACCUGAGGAAAUUAAUCUUAAUGAACGUUAUUGUAUUUUUUGCAAGGAAACACAUGACAUGCGUCAGGCAUGUCAUGGUGAAAAUUUAGGAUGCUGGUCAUCCAACACCACAUUAGUUGAUUUACCAUUAACAAUGUCAAAUCAUGCUAAUGACACAGGUAAGAGAGUAUGGUGGGGUGAUUAG